ACUCCGACUAUUGUGUAUAAGCCCGCGAUUUAAACCCACGUGUGCGCCAUUAGUUUAGUGCAUGUAUGUAGUGCAUGGGACGGGCGGUAGAGUCAGAAACUGCAACGGACAAGUGUAGCUGGAAAAGAACUCCAAAAAUGGCCCCAAAUCCGAAGCUGUCAGAGAUUGAUACUGAAGAUGACGUCAGCUACGAGCUGCGAAGGCAGAAAAACAUCGAAGAAAACAAAGCCAUGCUGAAUCAGUUGCUGUCAGACCUGCAUGGAAUGCCUGGCCUGCCUCGUCGUUCCAACUCGACCAAGAGAUCCCCCAAGACCCGGAAAUCCCUGGACUGCAGUUUCAUCCGGCGGCGCAACCCUUCCCGCAAGGCGCGCCUGAGCACGCCGCUGUUUGCCCGCCCCUCCAUCAUCCGGACCCGGGGGCAGAAGAGAAGGGCGGAGACUGGGGAGGAGGACGAGGUCAAAGUUUACGUGGACGACGACGAAGACCUGUUUCCUGUUAAAGAGGGGGAGAAACUGAUCAUAAAAUUUGGCCCAACGUUAAAGAAAUCCUCCCUGGGCUCGGGCAAUGAUUCUGACUCCGAUUUUGAGGUUUACGAGGAUGAUGAGAUGGAAGAACUGCCGACGCCGACGAAACGCCGGCGGCUGAACAACCGCCCUCGGGAGGCGGUGAAGCGACCAGAAGACAUCACGGAGGAGGAGCUACGUAUGGUGGCCGAGUGCGUCAGGGACAAGAAGUACAACACUGAAGUGGGCACCAGUUGUCACCAGUGUCGUCAAAAGACCAUCGAUAUGAAGACCAUCUGUCGUGAUGACGGCUGCACUGGGGUCAGGGGUCAGUUCUGUGGGCCGUGUCUGCGGAACCGCUACGGUGAAGAUGCAAAGGCCGCCCUGCUGAACCCAGACUGGAUCUGUCCGCCGUGUCGUGGCAUCUGCAACUGUAGUUUUUGUCGCAAGAAGCAAGGCCGUCAUGCCACCGGCAUUCUAAUCCACCUUGCCAGGGGGAGUGGUUACUCCAGCGUUAAGGAUUACCUGGAAAAAUUUUCGAGGGCUUGAGGACCCGCCAACAGUGCCUUGACUUCAACUGCUGCAGACUACUCAGGUCAGAGGUCAAAAGGUCAAAGCAUGGACUUACGUUCCAGCCAAGUUUGAAAUAUGCACACUCAGAAUGUUUUUUUAGGAUAACAGUACUCAGAGCCAGACAAUAAUUCGUAGUUUUUUGGGUUAAGAAUUUUUGUUUAAAUAGUGGAUUUUUUGUAAAAACUGUUGCUAGGAUACAUGUAUUCUUUUGUAUUAUAUCCCACCGAUUUGGAUUCUUGUAUUUCUGUAACUGAAUUGAUAGCCUGAAAUACUUGUUUAAGAGUAAUUUCAAGCCGAUAAAAAGAUUGCCUGUUAGUGUUUAGUUACUAGAUUGUUGUACUAAAACUGGAACAAAUAAAAUAAAUAAUAUUCCAAAAUAAAAUUGAAGCUUUUCCUUAGAUAUAAAAUGGUAACAGAAGACGUUGCCGUUUUAGAAAUUUUUUAAUGCUUUGUUUUGGAUUUUUUUUAAUGUUAGUUAUCAAAGAAGUUGGAUUAGUUGCACACAAGACCAAUUGUAGAGCAAGCACGAGACCAUUCACAAGACCAGCCGCAAGUAACAGGGGACGAACAAUGACAAGGGAAUGCUUUUGUAACAGUUCAUUUGAACAGCUUGUGACUUGACUUGAGACUGGAGGACUUGUGAUGGUCUCGUGAUGAUCUUGCGAUGGUCUUGUAAUGAUCUUAUGUUGGUAUUGCGAUGGUCUUUUGUUGAUCUUGUGAUGGUCUUGUGAUGGUCUUGUGUUGGUCUUGCGAUGGUCUUGUGUUGGUCUUGUGUUGGUCUUGUGAUGGUCUUGUGAUGGUCUUGCGAUGGUCUUGUGAUGGUCUUGCUAUGGUCUUGCGAUGGUCUUGUGUUGAUCUUGUGUUGAUCUUGCCAUGGUCUUGUGAUGGUCUUGUGAUGGUCUUGUGUUGGUCUUGUGUUGGUCUUGUGAUGGUCUUGGGAUGUCCUUGCGAUGUUCUUGUAUGGUCUCCACUUCAACACUGCUGUUCGGCUGAUUAAUCCCUUUAAUAAGGCCCCCCUCCUCAAGUCUGUGGAAAUUGUUCUUCCACAAGCCUGAUUUGAUUCAUCUUAAAUGUCUUGUUGAAGAUAUAUGUUGUAAGAAUAAUGUUUUAAAAGUCCUAAAUGAUUUCUUGCAGCGUCAUUGCAUCUUAGCUUGGAUUUUUAUAGUUUUUGUAUUGCCAAAAAAGAGAAAUUAUUGUAAUGUUGCUUGGAUUGGUUUUAUUUUUUGUACCGCGAUCAAAGAAGAAUUUAUUUGAGAAAAGUCUUUGUCGAAGCUGCUUGGCCAUUGGGCUGCUGCUUGUACGGUUUUAUUGUAAUCUUUAAUUAAUCACUGCAGUUAUGUAAGUUUUGCAAAAAAAUAUUCCGUGAGGAGAAAAAAGUUGCAAUUCUUCAACUUCUAGAGAGAAAUUAGUAAAUUUUCAGAAGAAUUUCCUCUUUUAAUUAUGAUGUUUGUAUAGAGGAUGUUUAAUCAACGAUUUUUCAACAAACAGAAACAAUGUUGCAAAAAUCACGAAAGCCUUUGCGCCAUGCAUUUACCGUGUCAUGUGAUUAUCAUGUGACAGUCACGUGUCAGCUAGUCACAUAUACCAACAGCCGUCAAUUAAUCAAGAUUUUAUAUAUUCAACUAUUUGUUAAAACAAUUUAUAUUUGGGAAUUUAAAUUUGAAUUUGUAAUAAUAUUUGAAUUUUAGAUUAAUUUCGUAAUAUUUUUUUAUUGAUAAUCUUGUUACUGUUUUGUCUUUUUGCAUGUAUUUUCAAUGAAUUGUUUAUUAAUAAAUUGUUUCAAGCAAUGCA